AUGGAAGAGGCAGGAGGAAACGGAGGGUUUCGGAAACGCAUGAAGCCAUCUGAUGAAGAGGAAAAAGGAGAGUCGAGAGAUGGAAUGAGUGUUGAUGAUACACAUGAGAAUGAGACGAAACUUGUUGCUUCUGAUGAGAUGGAACUUCACAUUGCUCAGAUUCUGGAUAAGAUUGAGAGCUUCACUCAGACUGUAUCUAAUCUGCUUGAUUCUGGAAAGACAAUGUUCAAGGAACUCAGUAACGAAUUUGAAGAACGCUUGAUCAUGAUACACAAGGAACAUGUUGAGAAGUGGCAGGAAGAGAUCAAGGAGUUGCGUUUGCUUGAUGCAUCAAACGAGGACACUACUUCCCUCUUGCACAACGCUCGAUUCCUGAUUCAGAAUCCUAACAUUGAGCCUUGA